AUGGCUCAAAAUCAGAAUUUGUUACACCGUUGGAUAUGCGGCAGUGGGUCUCAGGUCUCAAAAACAAAGAACAACUCGGAUUCCUUGUUACUCAAUUUACCCGUCGAUAUUCUGCUCAUCAUCAACUCAUUCCUCCCAGCGAGCAGUCAGCUGUGUCUCCUAACAACCUGCCACGGGAUAAAAAGAUUACUAGAGCAUACCACAGUCCCAUUCUCUCAGCUGACACUAAAGCAAAAGCGGGCGUACAAGACUUUUGUCGUCCGACAAUUUCCUAAUGCCUGGCUUUCUGGUCGAAGACUGACUUUUCGAGAGUUUCAAGCGAAAGACCUCUGUCCACAACCAAAAGGUCCCCCGUAUGAAAAUCAACCAGGAUGGGAUAGAGUCACGCUGAGGUGUUUCGAGCGAGGAGCCUUAUUAAUAAGGCAUAGGCAUAUUCAGAUGAGCCUCAAAUAUGACCGCUUGGAGAAGAAGACCCGCCAGCAGAAGUCAUUUCUCAAGACUCUCCUGAAGCCAUAUCACACUGAUUUCUCAGCAGGCUUGGAAAUGCACCCUUUGGACAAAUUUGGAGCAGUAGGCCAUUUUGAGUCUCAUCCCAAACUCGUCUCUGGUCGGUAUCUUCUCUUCAACCAAUGGACCUACACCAACCCCUGGAAAGACGGAACGAUAGUACUCAAAGAACUCGGUCGCUUUGGAGCUUGCAAACAUCAGCGCAUGACCGAAACAGGAUGGGGAGAGUUCGUCAUGCGCCAGAGAUGGAGGCAGAAUUUCAGGUGGUUUGGUAUAGCUGAUGGAUUCAGUGAGCCGUUCUUCCUGUGCGUCGAUGAGGCAUUCAACAACCCUGGGUGUCAGGUAGAUGGCAUGUGUCCGUACUGCCUUACGGAGUUUUCGAUUUGUGCAACAACGAAGAUGAUGCAAAUGCGUGUGUGGCGGGACCUUGGGAUUGAGGAUGCGCGUUGGACUCCGGUUUGGCGAACACAGUUAGGGGGUAUUGAUCUUGACGGUCUGCCCAGGGGUGAUGAUUGUCUUGAGAUUCGUUCUCGAUAUGGUGAUACAGGUGUAGAGGGACAUUAG